AUGGAGCGUUUAUGGACGUUUCUCACUUAUGUUCAUGCACUGGCAGGGCCAGUGCUGAUGCUGCUAUACCCUUUGAUACCAGUAUGGUACACUGUGAAGCUAGCAUUUGUGGCAUGGCUGGUUCUACAGCAGUUCAGAGGGGCAGCUUUCAUAUAUGAGAAGUUGGUUAGGGAGAAGAUAAUCAACAAGUAUGGAUUGCUAAAUCACUAUAAGUAUCCUGAUGGCAAGGGCAAGACCAAGUUUGUGGCCUCCAUCACCCCCAAGAAAGGAGAACACGAGGCGUAUUGAAGAAGGAAGAAGGGCAUGGCUAUUGCUUCUGUGUUGUGUGUGGAUGCUGCUUGUUCUUUCUGGCUUUGGCUUCAUUUUGGUGGUUCUUCUAGUCUCUUAACAAAUAGUUA